ACACGACAUCGAAGCAGUAAACUUGUUUAUCCGAAACGAAGGACCGAUGGGUAGAAACGUGACCUCGUGCCAUAGCUUGCUCGUCCGACGCAGAGCCGAAUUUUGAUUCCUGCAGGGACAGGCAGACGCAGACGCGGAUUGCUCUGCGAUGGCUCUCGAAGGGGCCCUGCUCGGGGCCGCGAGAGCUGAAUGCAAGAAUUUUGGGUGCAGUGCACAGGGACUGUCUCGAAUUUGCUCGCAGUCUAGUGCAGUAUCGCUCAAUCUCAGAUUUCGGUGCUUAGAGAAGCUUGGCGGAGGCUUUUGGACGAAGAGUAGGCUUAGAAAUUCGAGGAAUUGCGGUCGACUGUCGUGUAAAGAUAAGUCUUUGGGUUCUGCGAGACUUUGGGCAUUUCGAGCUAGGGCGUUGGGCGGACGCUCUUCCGAGGAGCCGGAUGAGAGUCAAAAUGCGCAAGAGGGUGGGAACGAAGCUGUGAAUGGUGCGGACAUUGGGGGAGGAAAGACGGAGGGAGGGAAGUGGAAGGAGAUUACAUCGUCCGUUGCACAGUUCAGUCGUGAUUUUUGGACCGAGUUGAAGAAUUUUCAAGCGGAAUUAGUUAGUGGUAAAGUAGAAUGGAAUGGGCAAAAGGCAGCCGCCGCGCUCAUUUAUGCCCUUAUUGUGGGAGCAUUUUUGAGAGGAGCAUACAUGGCCGUGUACUCACGAACACUGGGCAAGCAGAAAAUGCUGAAUCUGACAGACAAAUAUCUGGAGAGUAUAAUUCCGGAGCCAACUCCACGGAAUAUCCGCAGGAUGAAAAAGGGAAUUUGGAGAACAGAGAAGCCAGAAGGCUACAGAGUGAGGAAGUAUAAGCUUGGACCAGAUGGAGAAUAUACACAUGAUUUUGACUACCCAGGAGAGAACCCUGAAGAAUCUGAGGACGAAGGGGAUCUUGACAACAGUUUUGAAAAUCUGAUCGAUAGCUCGCUUGAACUCUCUUCAGAAGAGAAAGAAAACUUGAAGAGAGAUAUUGCUGAUGCGAAGAGAGACAAAAGGGUCAAGAAGAUAGUUGACGGGGACGCUGUAGUAACUCGGGCAGAGGUAGACUUUUUGGACUUAGUGGAUGAUCUUGCGAACAGCCCAGAAGAGGCGGAUAGGAUGCGGGCGGAAGUUAUCGCCGCAAGACAAGCUAAACAAGCGUCUGAGAAGAUCGAAAUGUCAAGUGUUAAAAGUGAAGGAGAAACUGCUAUUCAGGGAGACGAAGUUAACGAGGAUGUUCCCAAGACGUCUUGGAAGGAACGACUUGUUGAAUGGGAUCGAAUCCUUGAAAACGCCAGUAUGAAGGAAACUUUGGACAUUUUUACCAGCAAGUAUGCAAUCGAUCUAAGCUGGCCCGAGCUUGAAGCGAGUAUUGAGAGGUCCCUCGCGGAAGACAAGAACGUGGAAGGGUCUAAAAGAGCUUUCUGGGUUGCAAGGACUUGGUGGAAGUACAGGCCGAAGCUCCCUUACACGUACUUUAUGGCCAAAGUGGAAAAUUUUGAGGUGGAGUCAGCAGUUUAUACCGAGGACAUGAAGAAGCUGUACAUCACAAUGAAGGACGGGUUUCCUUCAGAGUUUGUGGUUGAUAUUCCUGUUGAUCCUUACUUGUACGAAGUGCUAAAAAAGUGUGGUGUGGAAACUGACGUCCUUCAUAAGAGCAAUCUUUCAUACUAUGGUCGUGUUUUGCUGUCCUUGGCGCCAAGCAUAAUAAUCAUUUUGUACAUUCGAGCUUUCCAAUAUCGAGCUCGCGAGAAAGCGAGUGAAAAGAUCUAUGAUCUUUUGAAAAUGAAUCGAGAUCACCUAAUUCUACCGGAGGAUGCAGCAGACAAAGCCAAGUCACAGUACAAGGACGUUAUUGUUGGAGGAGAUAUCUGGCAAGUUAUUGACGAGAUAAUGAUUUACAUGCGUAAUCCAUUGAAGUACUUUGAUAAGCGGGUCAAGCUUCCGAGGGGAAUAUUGAUAAGUGGACCUCCCGGAACUGGCAAAACUCUUCUUGCCCGGGCAAUUGCCAGGGAAAGUGGGCUACCUUUUGUGUUCGCUUCUGGUGCAGAGUUUGUCGAGUCAAGCACGGGCAACGGUUCGGAUAAGAUUUUUGAUAUUUUCUUCACAGCAAGAGCAAAUGCACCAGCUUUCAUCUUUAUAGAUGAGAUUGAUGCCCUGGCUGGGAAGAACGUGAAUGAUGACGCGGAGCGCCGUGCUACGUUCGAGCAGCUUCUAGCAGAGCUGGAUGGCGAACCCGAGGAUACUGAUGUGGAUCGGUAUUCGCUUCGCCAAGCAGUUAUAUUGAUAUGUGCAACAAAUCGGCCAGACGAGUUAGAUGAGCAGUUUAUGCGGCCAGGGCGAAUCGACCGUGAAAUUCACAUUGGUCUUCCUGGAGAAGAGGAACGUAUUGCCAUUUUUGGUGUUCACAGUCAAGGCAAGCGUUUAGCGGAAGACGUUGACUUUCCCAAGCUUGUCUUUCGAACUAUCGGCUAUUCAGGCGCGGAUAUCAGGAAUCUGAUCAACGAAGCAGGAAUCAUGGCAGUCAGGAAAGGUCACGAACAAAUCUGUCAGCAAGAUUUGAUCGACGUGCUCGAUAAACAGCUUUUUGAAGGCAUGGGUGUUGUCCUUAUGGACGAUGAGCAAAAGCGAGUUGAGGAGAAGAUACCGAUGGAUAGCAAGAAAUUACUGGCCGUUCAUGAAGCGGGCCAUGUUCUUUUGGCGCACCUCUUCCCGAGUUUUGAUUGGCAUGCUUUUAGUCAUUUGCUUCCAGGAGGCGCGCAAGCUGCCCUCUCUGUCUUUUUCCCAAGACAAGAGAUGCUUCAACUGGGGUACACAACUGUUGGAUAUGUGAAGAUGCAAAUGGUGGUUGCCCAUGGUGGACGAUGUGCAGAACGCCUCGUUUACGGCGAAAAUAUCAGCGAUGGUGGACAAGAUGACCUUGCAAGAAUAUCGGCGAUGGCCCGGGAGUUGACCAUCAGCAAUACAAAUAAUCGACUAGGACUGCUGCCUAUGAAAUGGCAGGACACUCUCGAUGCACCUAAACUUCCCGGUGAAGUUGACCUAGUGCCCAACGAGUGGGACAAACCCGGCUCUCAAAUCGCGAAUAUGACUGUAGAACUUUCGGAGUUAUUUACGCGUGAAGUCACAAAGUAUGCAGACGAGACGGAGGACAUGGCUAUGGAAGCUUUAGCAAAAAACCGGCACAUUUUGGACAAGCUUACGGAAGUUCUUCUCGCGAAGACUAAAUUGAGUGGUUUUGAAGCGGAAGAUAUUGUUAGAUCAAUGAAUCCUGUAUAUUUGCCUGAUUUCAUGAAGGACAACGAGAAUGUCGACAUGCAAUCUUUCGAGGAGAGUGUUGCUCCUCCAAAUAUGGCAGGUCGAUUUCAGGAGCUGAACAUCUAUCAAGCUCCUCAACAUCAAGGUUGAGUGGUCUACAUCGAAUUACAAAUUUGUAUCAAAGAGACCCGCCUGUAUAUUGAGCCAGAUAUGAGCACAUAUCGACAUGUCGUCACUUUGUCAAAAUUAUGAGCGAGGAGUACUCUACGGAUAUAUUCGAAGUAUUACCUCUAGAGAUAACUUCAGCAGUUUUGACUCAUUUUCUUGUUACAUACUGAGUGAUUAAAGCCCAUUUCAUAUAGAUCAGGGGCUGAACUCGAAAGAUAAGGAUAGAUCAGCUUCGGUCAGCACUGUAAGGGAAGCCUUUUUUUGUCACUCAUCAACGGAAGCCGAAUUACGUGAUUUCUCAUAGAAUGAAUGGAUCACACGCAGGUCUGUAAUCUGAGGAAGGUCUCAGCAAAAAUGGCUGGUUCAGUUCUUUGGGAAAAUUGAGGUGCUGACUUUCACAAAUACAAAUCACUUUUACCAGAUGAAAACUUCAGGGCUCAUUGCACCUGCCACGAAACUUGGAAAUUUAUCAUAUUGAAAGCUACUCAGGAGGAUGCAUGUUCCACAUAGACUAAGUGUACCAAUACUCCUCAUGUGCACACGGCAGCAUGAAGAUCAUUCAUACCAACACAUUUAUAGUUGGCAGUUGGCUAAACUGCAAAUCAGACAGAGACAAGGCUAAUGUUCAAUACUCAA